CUCGGAGGGAUGUUGACAGCCAGCAGGGACCGGAGGGCGUGUAUCGGUUACAUGGAAAUUCAGACUGAUUGGAUUUGAAUGUGCACUAUAUAGGCGACCAGAUGGCAGUCGGUGACAUUGACACACUUCGUGUUGACUCUGUGCCUGGUUCUCCACUCUUUGUUCGUUUUUCCACUGUGAAUUUUCAUGCGGGGGUGUUUACUUCUGAAAGUUUUUUUUUUUUUUUUUGCAAACCGUUUCCCCCUCCUUAUCCGUUCUGUCUUUGAACACCUGGUAAUGAUUAGACUCCCUUGCAUUUGUUCGCAUUCCAGUCGGCUAGACAUCAGAGAGGCUUCCAGUGGGUUUUUAUGUUGGGUUUGCAGAAUUACAUCAUCUUCUCUGCCUUCAUGUUGAGGAUUCAAUGAAAAUGUCGGUCUGUGUCCACGAGAACCGCAAGUCUCGUGCCAGCACGGGCUCUAUGAACAUCUACCUGUUCCACAAGUCCUCGUAUGCUGACAGCGUGCUAAUGCACCUGAAUGCUCUUCGGCAGCAGAGACUCUUCACCGAUGUUCUGCUUCACGCGGGAAACCGCUCUUUCCCGUGCCACAGGGCUGUGCUGGCCGCAUGCAGCCGCUACUUUGAAGCCAUGUUCAGCGGAGGGCUGAGAGAGAGUCAGGACAGUGAAGUGGACUUCAGGGACUCCAUUCAUCCAGAGGUAUUGGAGCUCCUUCUGGACUAUGCUUAUUCGUCAAGGGUGAUAAUAAACGAGGAGAACGCAGAGUCUCUCCUUGAGGCCGGUGACAUGCUGGAGUUUCAGGACAUCCGUGAUGCUUGUGCCGAGUUCCUGGAGAAGAACCUUCACCCAUCCAACUGCCUGGGCAUGCUGCUUCUCUCAGAUGCUCACCAGUGCACCCAGCUGUUCCAGCUCUCCUGGAGCAUGUGCCUCAGUAACUUCCCUGCUAUCUGCAAGACUGAAGAGUUUCUCCAGCUGCCUAAGGACAUGCUGGUCCAACUGCUGGCACACGAAGAGCUCGAAACCGAGGACGAGCGUCUGGUCUACGAAUCGGCGCUUAACUGGGUAAACUAUGACCUUGAGAGGAGGCACUGUCACCUUCCGGAGCUGCUCCGUACUGUGCGUCUGGCUCUCCUGCCUGCCAUAUUCCUCAUGGAGAACGUCUCUACGGAGGAGCUAAUCAUCGCACAGGCUAAAAGCAAAGAGCUGGUGGACGAGGCAAUCCGCUGCAAACUGCGCAUCUUGCAAAACGACGGCGUCGUCAAUAGUCCUUGCGCCCGGCCCCGCAAGACCAGCCAUGCCCUUUUCUUGUUGGGUGGCCCCACGUUUAUGUGUGACAAGCUCUACCUGGUGGACCAGAAGGCCAAAGAGAUCAUUCCAAAGGCAGACAUCCCCAGUCCACGCAAAGAGUUCAGCGCCUGUGCCAUUGGCUGCAAAGUGUAUGUGACUGGGGGCCGGGGCUCAGAGAAUGGUGUGUCUAAGGACGUCUGGGUGUAUGACACAUUACAUGAAGAAUGGUCCAAAGCGGCUCCGAUGCUGAUAGCACGUUACGGUCAUGGUUCCGCUGAGUUACGCCACUGCCUGUACGUCGUUGGAGGUCACACAGCUGCCACUGGCUGUCUGCCUGCAUCACCAUCUGUGUCCUUGAAGCAGGUAGAGCAGUUUGACCCAGUUGCUAAUAAGUGGAGCAUGGUGGCACCACUGCGAGAAGGAGUUAGCAAUGCUGCUGUUGUCAGCGUUAAGCUGAAGUUAUUUGCCUUCGGUGGGACAAGUGUGGCCCAUGACAAGCUGCCUAAAGUUCAGUGCUACGAUCCCUCCGAAAAUCGCUGGGCGGUCCCGGCAUCCUGUCCACAGCCGUGGCGCUACACUGCAGCUGCUGUUCUCGGCAACCAGAUCUUUGUAAUGGGAGGCGACACCGAAUUCUCUGCUUGCUCUGCUUACAAAUUCAGCAGUGAGACUUAUCAGUGGACCAAAGUUGGAGAUGUUACGGCAAAACGAAUGAGCUGCCAAGCGGUGGCCUCUGGAAACAAACUUUAUGUGGUGGGUGGCUACUUCGGUACACAGCGCUGCAAAACCCUGGACUGUUACGACCCCACGCUGGAUGCAUGGAACAGCAUCACUACCGUACCAUAUUCCUUAAUCCCCACUGCCUUCGUCAGCACCUGGAAACACCUCCCAGCCUGAAGGACGCCUGUUCUCCCCAUGUGACCCUACUGUUCCUACAAGAAUUCUGUGUGUCCAUUUGUCGAUGUUAUUGUCUACUGGAGUCCAACUGUGAAGAAACGCUAUAAGCUUCCUGUGCAAUUUUAUGAAGCGAUUUUCUCCCAUAAGAGCUAACCUAAAUAUUGUGUACAAAGUCCAUUCGCAAAGCUUUUCUUUUUUACGUCCUACUUGGAAGUUUUAAGUACAUUGUGAUGUCUCAUCGUUCAUUUUUUGGAGAAUCAGAACUUCGGCUUCACCGUGAAAACCAAAAGAACUGCGACGCACCCUGAAGUCCAGUCUGCUUUGAUCGUAACCAGCAUAAUCAUCAUAUUCGUCCCCCUCGUUUGUGUAAUCUGACCGUUUUUGUACAAUGCUGAUGCCGUGCAAGCUAAAAUAGACCCGUAUGCCUGUCUUAAUUUGUAUAAUGCAUGAAGGAUGAGUGGAAGCUUUUGAUUGGGAGAACAACAAGAGUCUCAACGCAUGAUUGGAGAUGUUAAGAUCCUCCAGGAAAAGUACCUCAUGUUCUGAUAUGUAUCUACCUUUUCUCCCAUGUUGAUGUUAAAAAAUAGACCUUGCUCUGAAGAAAGGCUGAUGUGGACUCUUAAAGGACUGAUAAACAUCACAAAAAGAACAGAAGGAAAUGUGAGCAAGCAUUGUUUAAGUAUUUGUCCUUCACACGUCUGUACGAGAAGGACAGGCUGAUGCUGAACUGUUCCUGUUGAACAGACCUUAGCAGCUUGGUGUGAAAAUGGACACGGGCACAGUGUGUCCCAAGGUACACGUGCCAGCUGUGCGUUUGCGACUAAGUGAGUGCGGGAGAGGCAUGUCCCAGCAUGUCCGUCUGACCCCACUCAACACCCAAUCAUACCCCCGCCCCCUCAGAAAUAAACAGCGUGAGCAUGCCCUCUGAGAAAGCACCAACAAACACUGUCAUUCCAGCUUCUGAUGACUGACUGACUGCAGAUCAGGACAUUUCUCCGACACAAGAUUUAAACUGCGCAAGACUCUUCUGUUUUGCUGUUUUUUGCCUGUACUAUUCUAAGCACAUACAGUCACGUAAACGUGAACGACAGAAGGAGAGAGAAAAGAGGUGAGAGUCGUUUCGUCACCCUGCGAGGGAAUGCAGUCUCUAUGGCAACAACAACGAAACUGUAAAUGUAAAAAAAAAAAGACACAGAAAAAAAGUGCAAAAAACUGGUUGUCUGGCUUCACACAUUAAUAGUCUUAAUUUAUGAUUUUUUUAAGCUGUCUGUUUUGUUUGAUCCAUUGUGUAUUAACAAUAUUUCUUUUUUUUAAUUUAUUGUUAAUGUUUCUGCUUGCAUAUAUAUUUGGAUGUGUAGAAGUUGACAGGUUAUUGUACCGCGCAUGGCCCAAAACGCUGUGUUCCUGCUGCUCUUUUGCACAUUUACAUAAGGUCAUUUUGACUGAGCAGGUGGAAUUUGUAGUGGUCAGCGGAUUCUUGAGCCUCUUGUUCAUCUGAUCAAAAACAGGGAGGCUUGGAGGUCAAAGGUCAUUGAAAGGAUAAGAAUGGGCCGAAUGAUGUCAGAGGUUCAGAUUACCCAGGGUGUGCAGGCCAUGGGGGAGUUGGGAAGUGGUUUUGAGAGUUUGGGGGAUGGUUUUCUUCAAAAUGGAGGACCAAUUCCCCCAAAAAUGAUGAUUGCCAUCUUGUACUCACUCUCAAAAUUGUCAUUUUUGGGUGAACCAUCCCUUUAAAUUUUACCCAAAUGAAUCCGGUUCUAUAAAUUAAGUAAUUGAGAUGUGCUGAUGUGCUUAAACCACAGGUCAAUUCAUCUAGUGGUGAUGGUUCUCUGACCUGCAUCAACUGUUUGAUAUCUUAUACUAUAUAGAUUGACCUUAAACCUCCAUCUAAAAAGCAUUAUGUUUCGCUUACUAAAACAUAAGUGUAGUUUAGCAAGUGCUUUCGACCUGUGACCCCAUGCCAAACUGGGGCCGGUAUUCACCCUCUGUAACUCUGCUCUGCAUUCAUCACUCUGUCCGUACUGAAACUCAGCCUGACACAGGGUAUCUUUGGGUUGUAAGGGUCCUGUAGAGCUAUCUGAGGAUUGUGAACUCUCACCAGCAUGUUGUAACUUUGACUGUCCCUUAUAGUUCAGCGGUGCUGUUAACAUUAUGAUUGGAUUAGGAAUCUGUCACAGUCACCUUGCUGGAUGCACUCUUAAAAACACAGGUUCCAAAAAGGAUUUUUCCCAGUGAUGCCAUAGACAAACCAUUUUGGGUUCUUCAAAUAACUCUUCAAUGGAUACAUUCUUCCAAGAAUCUUAUUUACACUAGAUAUGAAUGAUGUGUUACAACAAAAGCAAAGAGAGCCCAUUAUAAACCACAAUGCUGUCUUCAGGUAUUGUGACAUGACAGACUAUAAACUUACGCACCUUUAUGUUUCUGACACACUCCACGUGCUUGUGCUAUUUCUGACAACAGUAUAAAUGGAUUCGGAACUUAUUUUAUUAUUAAUUGUAGACGGCGAACUAUGUAGACGCAGUGUUAGUAUGAAGAACUUUUUAAUAAUCUAACGAUUAAAGAACCUCAAUACAAAACCUUUCCUUUUUAAGAGUGGAUGUUGUUUGCUACAGCCUGUGACAUAAAAAGUGAUGAUUUCAUUGGGCAAAUUUAAUGAUGAUGAACAAAAUGGUGUUUAUUAUGAUAAAGCUGAAUCCCAAAGGUCUUGGAAUAACUAACAGUGAUGUCUACAUAAGGGCAAAGACCAUAGUGCUUUCAUGUCGAUGCCAAAUGUACUUCUUGUAAAGAUGAUCUGUCUGUUUUAAUAUUCACUGCAGAGCGACAACAGUGUUCGGGUAGGUUGUAUAACACCACUAGCCGUUUGCUACACUAUAGCUGUUGUGACAACACUGUUGUACAUGCUACAAACAAAUUAUAUAGCUUUAAAUAAUAGAAUAUAGUAUUCCAUGCUGUUCAAUUGCACAGCAACAGCAAAGUUGAAGGAAAGCCCUAAGAGAGGAAAACCGGUAGCAAGCAUUCCUCCCACAAACCCUCUCAUCCCCUCCAGGAAAUUCUUGCUUACAAUGUUUCGAUUAGCCUUUAGGCUCUUAUACCCCCUCCAUAUUUUACCCCCUCCUUCCCCAUUUCAGAAUACCUUUUCACAGAACACUGCACACUCUGACCUCCAGCCAAUCAAAAACCCUUAUCUGCCCCCCUCGCAUAACACUAUUGCCACAGCAAUGGUCAACAAUCAUUGCCCCCUCUCCAUUUGAACUAGUAAUAGUCAAGUGUUUUGUUUUUCCCUCCUCUCUCCCUCUUGCUCCUUUGCCCUCCCUUCUUCCCUUCUCCUCCUGCUGAAGUGAAAGACUGAUUCAGAGGUGACUCAUAAGCCUGUGUGCAUUUAGAACUCUUAAAAAGCUGUAUGCCUUCACGAACAGACGCAUUGCUAAAGCACUGUCAAUGUUGGCCUGUACUGUUGUUUUGUGUGGGCGUCAUUUUUCUUUUAAUUUCUAUAUUUGUCGUAUUAUAUAAUUGUAUUAUUUUAUCUCAACCACUGCGGUUAACAUUAUUUUGUACAAGUGAUUUUUUCACAAUGUGAAAUUCAUGGCUAAAUAAAGACAAGAGUUUUUCCUCUUGAUAGAUACCGUAUAAAA